AGCUUCCUUUGAAGCAUGAGUUCCUAUCAGCAGAAGCAGCCCUGCACCCUACCCCCACAGCCUCAAGAACAGCAGGUGAAACAGCCUUGCCAGCCUCCACCUCAAGAACCAUGUUUCCCCAAUACCAAGGAGCCGUGCGACAUCAUCAUUCCUCAGCCUGACAACACCAAGUUCCCUCAGCCUGGCAACAUCAAGGUCCCUCAGCCUGGGGAUGCCCAGUUUCCACAACCCGGCAACAUCAAGGUUCCAGAGCCAUGCUACCCCAAGUAUCCUGAACCAGGUCAAUCUACAUUUCCUGAGCAAGGUCACCCCAAGUUUCCUGAGGCUGUCUACCCUAAAGAGCCUCUGCCUGGCCAAUCCAAGUUCCCUGAGCCAUAUCCCAUAACGGUCAUUCCAGGCCCAAUCGAGCCUGGGACCAAGCAGAAGUAAAACGAUCCACAGCCAUCCACUUGAGGAGCUGACCACCAGAUGCUGAACAUCUUCUUCCUUUCUGCUUCUGUGUCUUAAUUGUCUGUAGACCUUGUAAUCACCCUCAGUCAUAGCCUCUCUCUUAUUUGCAUCCUAAAAAUCUGUGCUAUGAAGCUUCCCUUACACAUUCAAAAGAGUCCUCUGAGCCUCUGAAUUAUGUCGAAGGCCUUAGUGGCUUUGCUGGUCUUCAGUUGCUCAGGGUUCAUCUGAAGUGGCAAUCUGGAUGGGAAGAAUGUAUGUUUUCUGCUGUGCUUCCAUUAAAUCUCUGUAAUCCCA